CGCUCAUUGGCCCAAAAACCCUCGAAUGAUCGGCUCGGAAUUUGUACUAAAUGAGUCGGUGAAUGAGUCCGUGAACAUUUUAGGGAAGACGAGAGGAUUCAUUUUGGGAUGUUUACUAUUUGAAAUGGGUCUGAACGAACGGGAGCAAUUAAAGUGAGUCGGUGUGUUAAUGUGACUGAAACCAGGGGAGAGUGGCCAAAAUCUGGAUACUGUGUCAAAGUGUGUGGCUGACUGGCCCUUUGGCGUGCAGGUGGACCCAGGCCAGAGAAGGCAGUGAGGAUGGGAGGUGGAGGCCAGCUGAAGGAGGCAGGAGAGCAAGGCAGAGUGCAAGCUGGUGGAGUCUACACCUGGGAGGAGGUGCAGAGCCACUGCAACAGGAAUGACCAGUGGCUGGUGAUCGAUCGAAAGGUUUACAACAUCACACAGUGGGCCAAAAGGCACCCAGGAGGGAUCCGGGUCAUCAGCCACUAUGCUGGAGAGGAUGCCUCGGAGGCAUUCACUGCUUUUCAUCCCAAUUUAAAAUAUGUGCAAAAGUUUCUGAAGCCCCUGCUGAUUGGAGAGCUGGCAGCAACAGAGCCCAGCCAGGACCGAAACAAAAAUGCGACCAUCACAAAGGAUUUCCACACUUUACGUGCACGGGUGGAGAGCGAGGGUCUGUUUCAAGCUCAGCCUUUGUUCUUCUGCCUCCACCUGGGUCACAUCCUGCUGCUGGAGGCCCUCGCCUGGCUGAUCAUCUGGGUCUGGGGAACUAGCUGGACACUGACGUUUCUGUGCUCCAUCAUGCUGGCAACCGCUCAGUUGCAGGCUGGAUGGCUGCAGCACGACUUUGGCCACCUGUCUGUCUUCAAAGAGUCCAGCUGGAAUCACAUGUUGCACAAGUUUUCCAUCGGCCAUUUGAAGGGAGCGUCUGCCAACUGGUGGAAUCACAGACAUUUCCAGCAUCAUGCUAAACCCAACAUCUUCAGUAAGGACCCUGAUGUCAACAUGUUGCACGUCUUCGUAGUUGGAACCACACAACCAGUGGAGUACGGCGUAAAAAAGAUCAAAUACAUGCCCUAUCACUACCAACACCAAUACUUCUUUCUUGUUGGACCACCGCUUCUUAUUCCAGUUUACUUCCAUAUUCAGAUAAUACGCACCAUGAUCUCCCGCCACGACUGGGUGGAUCUGGCGUGGUCUUUGUCUUACUACCUUCGCUACCUGUGCUGUUCUAUACCCAUGUAUGGCCUGUUUGGCUCACUGGUGCUCAUCAUCUUUGUCAGGUUUUUGGAGAGUAACUGGUUUGUGUGGGUGACUCAGAUGAAUCAUCUGCCGAUGAACAUCGACCACGAGAAGCACCAGGACUGGCUGUCCAUGCAGUUACAAGCCACCUGUAAUAUCAAGCAGUCCCCCUUCAACGACUGGUUCAGCGGACACCUCAACUUUCAAAUCGAACACCAUUUAUUUCCCACGAUGCCACGCCACAACUACCACCGGGUGGCCCCGCUGGUCCGUGCACUGUGUGAGAAACAUGGAAUUCCUUACAAGGUCAAAACAAUGUGGCAAGGCCUCGCUGAUGUUUUCAUGUCACUGAAAAACUCAGGCGACCUCUGGCUUGACGCAUAUCUCCAUAAAUGACAACCUUUAUUCUCUACACUGUACCUACAAGGAGUGAUGUUUUUCUCCUCUUCUGCAUCCUACAUUGAUUGUAUCUGUUUGGUUUUAUAAUACAGUUGAUAGUGUGGGAAUGAUCUUUUCUUAGUCUUGGUGUUAUAGUUCAGUUUUUUCAAAUUCUGUGCCGGAUUUGUUGUGCUCACACAGUGAACAACAGUGGCAUGGUGUUAUAGAUACAAUUGUGAAAACUGAUUGUGAGGUAUUUAAAGUGAUGUUUUUUCAUUAUCUAUCAUGUGAACAAUCAUGUUUGAACAGUAAAAUAUGACAAUUACGCAGACGAAUGUCACAUUCUGUGUAAUUGAGGAUUAGUUAAAGUUACUGUACUUAAAUCUGAUCUGAUCUGAUGUUCUGAUCUCACAGUAUACAAUAAAAUAUCUGUUUCUU